AGGCUUGUAGGGACACUACUCUGCGUUUGAGAGCGUGCAGCGAGGAAACAAUUGUCUUUUCUUUUUUUUUAAACUUUAUUGACUAACGGCUUCAUUAGCUAAGUCACCACGGACUGACAACAGUGGUAUAGAAAUGAAAUACUUGCUUACAAAGUUUGAAAUUAGCCUCACUUUAAUUCACAGAGCUACUUUUCUGGAACGAAACUCGUUUAUAGAUCGCAAAAAGUGUGAUUCUGUAUUGUGAAUCAAAAGCUGUGUUUUGAUUGUUGCCUGGAUGUGUAAUACAAGUUCGUGAUUGUUGUAAUCGCACGUUUCUUCGGUCGCUUUGGACAGGCUACAUAAUGGUUCGAGGUUUACCACUCUUAACAAGUUUCGUAAGAUGUGUGCUACACCCACAAGUCGAAGAACGUGUCGCAGGGAUUCGUCAUCUCGCUUCAACUAUUCCAAGCUCUCCAAUUCUGAAGCACUCAAGUGAAGACAUUUUCAAAGGAUGUGAUGCGACACAGAUAAAACUAAUGAAAGAACAAUGUAUCUUGAUUGAUGAAGAAGACAAAAACAUUGGUGCUACUUCCAAGAAAGAGUGCCAUUUACUGGAAAACAUCAAUAAUGGUAUGCUUCAUCGUGCUUUCAGUGUUUUUCUGUUCAAUGCAGAGGAGCUGCUGUUACAGCAGAGAUCUGAUGCUAAAAUAACAUUUCCUGGACAUUUUACAAACACCUGCUGCAGCCAUCCUCUAAAUACAGAUGCUGAGAGAGAUGAAAACAAUGCCAUUGGAAUACUAAAAGCUGCUCAGCGUAAGCUUAAACAUGAACUUGGCAUAGAAGCUGAGCAGAUACCUUUAGAAGAUUUCCAUUACCUCACACGGAUACACUACAGGGCAGAUAAUGUGCCUCCUGAUGGAAAGUUUGGAGAGCAUGAAAUAGACUAUAUUCUCUUCAUUCAGAAAGAUGUCUUCGUGAAACCAAAUCCAAAUGAAGUGAAGAGCUAUCGUUUUGUUACAAAAGAUGAACUGAGAUGGCUAAUAAAGAAUGCUGACAAAGAAGGUGUUUUGUUAACGCCAUGGUUUAGACUAAUAGCAUCUACUUUUUUGUACUCAUGGUGGGAGAGCUUGCAUGAUCUCAAGUCACUGAUGGACCAUAAAUCUAUUCAUCGAAUGCUUUAAGUGAUUGUGUUCUACACAGCUGAUAUCACUGACCAGUCAAUAAAUGGAUCAUAUCAGAUAUUUAAUAAUAAUUUUUUUUAUUUUAAAUAAUUGAAAUGCGUGUUUGCAACUGUAUCACUGUCAUUAAUGGUUUUUACUUAAUGACAUUCCACAGCAUCCUCCCUUACCUUUUGUCUCCCCUGCCCCUCUGGACACUUCACCACCCUAGCAUGUAUUUGUUCUCACAUUCUAAGUCACAAGCAUCUAAACUGUGAUGUUCUGACUCCUCAUCUAUUGUCUUACUGAUAAUCUAAUUAAGACAUAGCAUUGACGAGCCCAGAAGCUUAAAUCAAAGGAAAGAAUUACUCCAAGAGUUUAGAAUACUCUAUUCAAACAAACCUUCCACAAGUAUAUGUUAUUACAUUCUUUUACAGAUGACCAUAUAAACCAAGCUAUUGCUUAAAAUGCUGUUUAACUCCUACUACAACAAAAACCUACCUACUUAUGUGUGCUUAUGCAUCUAUAAGACUUUUUUCAUGAAUGUUUGCAUGCAAAAAAAAGUAUAUCUUUACAGCUGUUUAUGUGCAUUAUAUAUGUCUAUAUGUUACAUAAUUACUGGAGGACCUUUUGAUCUCAGUUUGUAGAUCUUCCUAAUCUUAAAUUUAAUGAAACAGGUUAGUAAAUGCAUAAGUUAUAUUUUAAAUGUUUAUAUUUAAUAUACCUGUUGCAGCAUUGCAUUUUUGAUCUAGUUACUGUAGUAGCUUUUAGCUUCAUUAAAAAAAUGAAAUUUCUUUAUAUAACAGCUAUCACCAUCUGCUGGAUAUAUUCUGAAGUGUAAAUUGCCUAGUUGUUUUGCUUACACGAAAACUCUAAAAGUGUUUUCAAGUCUGCUAUGUUAAACAUAAGGGCAAUCAUUAAAAAGCAGUACAAGCGUACAUACAAGUACAUGUCUAUUUAAAUUUGAUUCAUUCUCAUUUCACUGACUUGUCAAUAUCAUGUCAUUUUUUUUAUAAUUAAAAUGCAAACUCAUGA